GCGCGACUACAUCCAAGUUUCAACAAUCAAAGCCAAGAUGCUGGAAGAAGGGCAUUGGAAUAUUAUCACGGCUUCACUUCAAGACGUGUGUAAUACCAAUGAAUCAACCCACUUUGAUAAUAUUUACGCCGAUUAUUUAUCAGAUCCUAGCAAGAUACCAACCUCCGAAGAAGAGUUAGAGAAGUUAGUCAAAGAGGUGUCAGACCAUAAGAGCAACAUCGAAACUGCCAAAAGACUUAUUGAAACAUGCCAGCAAAAUCUUCAGAUUCUUAUAACGAGUGUUCAGAAACAUUCUAGUGCAAUAAAUACCAGGCAAUCCAGAGGUUCUACCGCUAAGAUCGAAACAAACACAUUGUCAACCUCUACUCCCGGUAAUAAGGCUGUUUCAAAAUCGAACACCAAAAAGCAGAAGAAGGUUGGAAGACUGUUCCAUACGUCGAAGCUAAACUGGUCAGAACCUAUCAUUGUUGGUUCAGAAGUUGCGUACAAAUUGAGGAACAGACAUUCCGAAGAAUGGAUUCAGUGUGAGGUGACGAAAAUAAUUGGUGAUGGAGUUAAGUUUGAAGUUAGAGAUCCUGAACCAGAUGAGAAUAACAACCCUGGACAAACCUUCAAAGCGAACUACAGAGAAGUGAUUUUGAUAGUUCCCGAAGCAGAAAUUGCUCUGAAUCCAAAGAUCCUACCAAAUUAUACAUAUGGAGCUAAAGUUCUUGCUCGGUACCCAGAAACCACCACUUUCUAUCCAGCAAUGGUAGUUGGUACCAAGAAGGAUACUACUGUCAAAUUGAAGUUUGAUGGGGAAGAAGAAGCCAACAAGGAAACUGAAGUCGAGAGAAGAUUAGUUUUACCAUUUCCAGAAAAGAGUUAGAUUGCCUCUAGUGUACAAUAAUGUAAUAUAAGAACACCAAACAUAAGUAUGUCGACUUAGAUUCCUCUCGAAAGCAGGUUUGUCCCCUUAUAUAGGGCAGAAUUUACGAGAUAGUCGUGCGUAGCGUGUGGGUGCUUUGAUGUUGAAAAGACCUCGCACUUUUUCAACAACUAAAGUUAGAAAAUUACGCUGGAAGACACUAGACAUGGACAUUGACGACUAUUCAAGAGAUCGCUCACGUUCUCCAGUCAGAAACAGGUCAAGAUCCCCCGUGGAUAGAAACAGAGAUAGAGAGGGAGAGUCCUAUACUUCUGGUGGAAGAAGAGACUACGGGUCAGAGAGAAGUUACAGAGGGCGUGGAAGAGGCAAUGUCUAUAGGGGUCGUGGAGGUAGAGGUGGAGGAUUUGGCACUAGAGGUGGUAACAGGGGAGGUUAUAAUAGCUCAUAUACGAGUUAUGCAACACCCGAAGAAGCUGCUAUUGAGUACAAGAGUAAAACAGAAAGGAACUACGAUAACUCCAUCUUCAUUGGAAACAUUCCUUAUGAUGCCGGCCCUAAAGACAUUGAAGAUAUGUUCAAAGGGCAGUAUAAAGUUAGACGUGCUGAUAUUGUUACAAAUCGUGGGAGAUCUAGAGGAAUGGCAACGGUAGAGUUCAGCUCCAAAGAUGAGGUUAAAUCAGCAAUUGAAAAAUUCGAUCACUACGAGUAUAGAGGAAGACAAAUUUUUGUUAGACAAGACUACCCUCCUCCUGAGGAGAAAAGGGUAUCUAUGGAGCAACCAGGAGAGAAGUUUAGUAACAGGACUCCACCUUCUAGGGAAAGAUACACUUCUUCAGUCAAGCAAAGUCCUUUAGUUCCCGAGCCAGGAACUGAAAUAUUCGUAGGAAAUCUACCAUAUUCUAUGAAUUGGCAAGCAUUAAAAGACUUGAUGAGAGAAGCCGGUGAAGUGGAGAGGGCUGAUGUUAGACUCGAUCAAAAGGGAAAAUCAAUGGGCUAUGGUACAGUUGUAUUUAAAACUCCAGAAGAAGCCAAAUUGGCAUUGAACACUUUUGCUGAUUAUGAGAUUGAAGGCAGAAAGUUGAGUACUAGACCAGGUAGAACACAUGAGUCUACUAUACAGCCAAAAGUUGACAAGAAUACCAAAUUCACAAAGGAUAUCAUAGCAGAUGGAUUGAAGUCAGACACCAUUUAUGUCGAGAACUUGCCAUAUGUUACCACCGUUGAUGAUUUAUAUGAAUUAUUUGAAACGAUAGGUAAGGUUACAAGAGCCGAAAUACAGUAUGCGCCACAUGGUAGGGCUUCGGGAAAUGCAGUAGUUCGUUUCGAACUGGAUGAAUUGGCUGAAUUGUCAAUUGCCAACUUGAACAGUUAUAAUUAUGGAGGUAGGGACUUAAAGAUCAGUUAUGCCAACAAACCAGGAAGUGCUUACAAGAUGGAGACCAAAGAGAAUGAAACAGAAGAAGUGGAUAUGGAGGAAGGGGAUAAUGAAGUUAUUGAUGCACCAACAGCCGAAGAACCGGAAGCCAUUGAAGUUCAAGAUGAUCAAAUGGCCAAUUAAACUUGGAAGAGGCAGCAGUAUACUUUUUUUCCUAAUGCAUACAAGGACUUAGCAUCCAAUCAAGCAAAUACGGAGCAUGUAAUUCGUUUAAAAAGUUUUGUAGUUUUAUUGAGUUCGAAUAAAUAGGCUGCACAUUUCGCAGCAUGGUGAGCUUAAAUUGAUUCUUCCUUUACAACGAUUCAAUUGAAUCAAUUGAAAAAGAAAUGGGACUUGAAUUGAAAGAUGGCGAAAGUCUACACGCCAAUAUCAAAGGGACACCUGAAGGAUAUACUGGAACAACGAAACUAAAAAGUACCAAAACUAGCUAUGUUUUAUUGCUUUUGACAAUUAUUAUAUGCCUUCUUAUAUUUCAUUUCAGGAACAAGAUUGCCGAAUUUCACGACAGAUUACGAACAAAACGAAGAAUGAGAUAUGCUAAUUUGUCACAAGGGUUUCAAGAUGAUCUCGAAAGCGGACUCAAUAGUGAUGCUUUUAACAUUUUAAGCGGUAACUCGAAUGACCAUAGACAAGGAUUGGAAGAGAAUGCCAAAGCUGCAAUCUACCAAUUAAUGCAGCAAAAGCUGCUCACAUUCGAUGAGGCCCGUCUAGAGUAUACCAAACUGCAAUUUGGAGAGCAUAAUAUCGAUAGUAACGGGGUUCCUCUAGAUCCUAAGACCGUGACUUUCUCCGGAUAAUCUGGAGUCGUGGCCUCACCAUAGUCCGGGGGGGGGGGGCUAACUGCGUGUGUGAGGCUAAAUCGUGCACCUUGUGUGUAUGCAAGAAUAUUUUAUCUGCUUAUAGCUAAUGAGUUACUGUAUAUGGGAAUAUUAAAAAUAUUAUGUUUUAAGG